AUGGAGACCGUCCAGCUGAUAUCGAAAUUUAUUUCUCCUCCUCUCCCUUCAUCUCCAUCUGUGCACACAACCCCAAGUCUUCCCCCUCUCUUUACAUCUCAGCCCAAUGGCUAUCUUCUUUUUGCGCUUUUGGUUCUUCCUGCUCUUGCGUACUUAACGUACAAGGACUAUAAUGCCUUUCUAUCACUUGGCCCUGGAGGAACCCCAUCCACCUUUUUAGGCUACCUGAAAAUCACAGCCCUCCGUAUUAUAACUCUCCGCAAUACUCGAGUUGCUAGACCGAUUCCCGAAGAAUUACAAGACGGUGGCUACCUUUCACCAAUUGGGGUUCCAAAGCGGAACUCAAAACGUCCUAAUGUGGCUGGUAUUGCACCGCAUAGACAAACCAACCAGAAGCCCGCAAAGGAAAUAUACGACCUUCUUUGUCGAUCGAUCGUGGAGCUAGCAAAUGAUCAUCCAAAAAAGUUGAAAAUGGCCACCAGCUGUUUUGAAAAGCACUGCUCCGGCCUAUUCUCCAUAAAUGGGGUUAGUAAGACUUGUAAUGGAGAGGUAGCUCACGUUCAUCCGUUUGAUGGGAGUUUACACUUGACAUUACACCCUAAAGACGCCAAGGCUGUCAUUGAAGCGGGAUGGGGAGAACGCCACCCUCUUGCUCGUGGUGGAUGGUGCACACGCUUUGUUCCGGUCAACUUCAUCAUGGUUUACGCCCCACGCACCAAAGAAGAAGUUAAAACCGUUAUGGAUAUCAUCUUGGCAGGGAUUGAUGUCUCGGCCCGUACCGACCGCGAUUGUCACCCCGAAGCCACAUCUCCAAGAAAUGAAUCCGGGGUUGUUACAGGUGUUGCGAAUAUGAUUAUGGAGACUGCCUGA